GCGCGCCAACGCAGUGACGCAUUUCAAACUGGACGGCGGGUAGUCGAAGCCUACCGCGAGACAACAACAUAAAGCUUCCUUGUUGUGAAAUAGAGCCAACUAAGUAAAGAAAAUGACGAGCACUUUGAAGGGAAUCACCCUGAAGGGAAGCGCAGAGCUGGUGGCUGAGUUUUUCUCAUUCGGCAUCAACAGCAUCCUCUACCAGCGGGGCAUCUAUCCUCCAGAGACCUUCACCAGAGUAACCCACUACGACAUGAGCCUUCAACUCACCACUGACCCCAAGCUGAAGACCUACCUGAACAACGUGGUGUCUCAACUCAAAGAGUGGCUGUUCGAGUGCACGGUGCAGAAGCUGGUGCUGGUCAUCACAUGUCUGGAAACCAACGAGGUCCUGGAGAGAUGGCAGUUUGACAUCGAGUGUGACAAGUCGGCCAAGGAGAGCAGUGCUCCCAGAGAGAAGUCCAUCAAGACCAUCCAGGAUGAGAUCCGCUCUGUCAUCCGACAGAUAACGGCCACCGUGACCUUCCUGCCGCUGCUGGAUACUCCAUGUGCGUUCGACCUGCUGGUCUACACAGACAAAGACCUGGUGGUUCCAGAGAAGUGGGAGGAAUCGGGGCCGCAGAUCAUCGACCAAUCAGAGGAGGUGCGUUUACGUUCCUUCACCACCUCCAUCCACAAGGUGAACAGCAUGGUGGCCUACAAGAGGACCGACUCGGUUUAACCUGUAGCCUUGAUGGACACCAGCAGGUUUUCCAGUCUGCACCUCUGUCUCCAGGAGGAGGAACUCUGCUGCCUCUGUACAUAUUUUCUUUAAUGUUUCUCAGCUUAUCUGCUUCGUUUUAAACAAAUAAA